AUGUCGUUUCCGUCAUACGCCUCCAACUUGAGCGUAACAACGUCUCCCCUCUCAUUCCAUCAAGUGGCAACCAUAGAAUCACCCACCCAACAGAGCAUCCCUUCCGCAGAACUUCCCGCUGUCGACGCUACAACAGAAGAACCCACUGCUCCAGAAGACAGCACGGUAAUCUGCCACGCCCCAACAAUCCGAACGGGCUGCACAUAUUGGCUCAGAAAAAGAGACCAAACGGAUACGUUCGAAUGUUUCGAACGUAGAACCAGUAGUCCGACCAUCAGGGGAAAGCUCGACGACCAAGGCCUCGAGCACCCUGUCAUCAUCAUUGGGAGCCAGACCACGAGAGACCACGUAGUAUACUACGAUGCUGUACCACUUUCAACUUUCGGCAGCUUGUCCUUCAAAGACUACAAGCUCCAACGCUCGACUGGUGGCUACAGCAUGCGCCAUUCUCUCCCCUUGAUGCCUAAGCCUCCGUCGGAUGCAGCACCAUCAACUGUGGCAUACCGGAACCCUCGCAGUCGAUACCCGACUCUGUAUUUGGGUGAGGGGAGCUUUGAAAGGGAUUCUUACGUCUGCUUGGAUAAGACGAUGGAGCUGCCAGCUGUGGCCAUACGAGAAUUUCUUAACAGAGACAAGAGCAUUCCCGAGACACCAGCCAGACUCUCUUUCGAGAGCUACGUUGAGCUGAUGGAUCAACUCGGACGUGGGGGCAACUACGAGGAGCUCUACAUUGGCAAGCCUCCUGUGGAUGAAGAGAGUGUCGCUCCAACCACUCCACUGCCAGAAGCUGCAGUGAUCGAGACCGUCCUUCCAACGGGUGAUGACGAAGAAACUGCAGUUGAAGCGCCUAGCCUUAGCACCCCUCUCAAUUCCUCAGAGUUGUCACUUCUUCUUUCUGCAAGAGACUUCAGGCAGCAAGCACUUGCAGAGCCUCGUCGACGAGUAUCCACAGGAACCACCCGUUCACGAUCCAAGGACGGAGUCUCCAAGGCUCGACGCAGGGCAAACUCUUCUGGAUCGCCCCACAGGCUAGUACGGAGAGGUCCUAGAAUUGACCUCCAGUUCGCCAUUGCCAUCCUGAUAAGAUUGCAUGAGACCAUCAUUCGUCUGCAGAGCACUGGGUCUAGUCUCAGAGCAUUUAUACCCGCUUCUGAGAGCCAAUCCAUUGAUCUCUACAUGAAGAAGCUGUCUAUUUCCAAGAAACUCCCAAGUGUUCCGAGCUUGGUUGGCUUGAGAUACGAAUAUUCCCUAAACAGCUUCUCGACCGAGAUUCAGCGCGCCCUCAGCAAGAUGCCCAACAUGGUGCCUGGCAGACGUCGUCCACUUCGAAUCCUCUACUCUCCCACACCAUACCGACCACUUUCAUUGAUCAAAGCAUCCCAGGAGACACCAUCGAUUCCACGGAAGGCAGAGCAAUCGUACGCGACCUUCAUCAACAAUCGAAAUCUCCUGGACUGGCUGGUUGGCCAUGAAGGUUGGAGCAACUCGAUGUUCGACACCGCUGCGCCUCAAGUACCAGCACGGAUGACUCGGCUUAAAGGUCAGAAACGAUCUCUAGCAGACUUUCUCUUGGGUGCUGGGGUGUCUGAGACUAAGAGCAAGAGAUGUCGACUUUGUCGAACUUUCGUGGAACGUUGACGGCGCUGAGGCUUGGGAUCUUGGGGAAAGAGUGGAGUAUGCUGGUGCUUUUCGAAAGGGUUUCUAAUAUCAUCGUCUUUCGGCUUCUGAUCUGUCUCUUGUAUCUGACCUUGUUGAUAUGGCCUGGAGUGGGGAGAGAGUCUGUGAUGGAUGAGGCGGAGGGACGGGAUUGGCAGGAAGAGAAAUUCAAUUGACGAGAGUGCUUAACAAUACUAUUGGUGGACUUGGCGGGGUAGUAUACUCUUGGCAAAGGUUGCUGGACAACAUCUCAGGAAGUCGCUUCUUUUUAUAGGUUACUCAAUGC